GAAAACUCGGCGACUGCAGCAGAGAGUACAGGAAGUGGUUGCGAUGCAUGCGAACGCACACGAAAUUGGUCGAAUGGAACCGACCUGGGUCCAGGACGGUCCGAACCGCAGUCGUUUACUCUUAGAUUUAAGGCUUCCUUUACUAAUGUGCAGCUGUUAGUCACUUGAUUUAAUAAUACUUUCUUCAUCUUCAGAAAAAUGGAAGCAUCUUGAAAGGAUGAGAACAUAACUCAACUUUCCUGAGUCAGUUAAAGUUUACUAAGUUGCCUCAAGUAGAACAAAACUGUUAUUUGUAAGGGAAAAUGACUGGCACACUAAGGUGCUCUUGUUCAUGAUUCUAUUUCUAAUGAGGUAAAGGUGUUCGCUUGAUGCUAUUCUCAUUAUAGUUAACCUAACCCAUAACGAAUCACCGUCUAGUCCAUUCAUCAUCAUACUAAUGAAUUAGAAUAGUUUAUAGAACGGAUGUAGGAUGGACUUGGAUGGAUCGGAUGGACCCCCCUGAUUCUUCCGAUCCUACUUGAAAUGGUGGGAAGUCCAUCCGUUACAUCCGAUCCAUCCCAUCCCGGAUCUGGCACCCCUAUAAAUUAUUCUAUAUAUGUGGAGAAGUCUAAUAGAUAGUGGAGACUACCUCCUGGUUACCGAGAUUUUGGCUCGACUGCUGAACCAUGAACGCGAGCAGCACGAGUUCGCGCAAGAGUUAUCCGCUGAUCUUGCCAGGAUAAGGAGAGAAAGACUGUUAUGAAAGGAGAAAGGGUACUCAUGAUACGCGAACUUCUCAAGAUAGAUGAAAAGAAGUUACUUUCUAGGUAGACUCGUUCUCAUCAAGAAAAUAGGCACUUUCUAGGUAGGAAACUCAUCAAGAAAAUAGGCUUUCUAAGCAGGAAACUGAAACAGGUCGGAGCCUCUUUUCUUGAGUUUGAGUAUGUUGAGUACGCUUUUUCCUGUCAUAACUGUACGGAACAAGGAGGGGCGAGGACGGCUGCUGCUGUCAGUGAUUUUUUUAUUAUCUGACUGCGCGAGCACGAGCAGGUACUACAAGGGCAGCGCAGCGCAGUGCUGCAAGAGCUCGGGAAGGUGCAGCUGGGUGAUGAAUGAACGGGAGACAGCUGAAAGACAGUUUGUACACUUGCUUCUUCAUGAUAGAAUUAAUUAUCAAUGACUGAUGGUCAUCUGAGGUAUUUAAUACGUUUUGGCUUUUUGGCGUUUUUUAUCCAAUGACAAUGAAUCGAUCUAGGUGUAAGGAGUCGCACGAUGAAGCGAUCACUCAUGAGGCAGAGACGCAUGUGAUAUUCAAUAAAGGAUAGAAGCGAAAAUAAAUGUCUAACUUUCUUGUGACUCUAAUGCCUACGAGAUUAUUAAGUUUGAGUGAGUGGUGGUGGAAGUGGUAGCACCUUGUUUUAUUCUUCUAUGUAACUUCAAUCUAGUAGUUCGAGAACAUGAUCAUUACAUACUAGUACGUUGAGUUUAAAUAUUUAUUUCUAGAUCUAGUUCUAGAUCAACAAAAAUUUUAUUUUUCAAUUGUCUCCUCGUCUUCGCUCGAUGCUUGACUUUGACGUUGGGGAAAGGAUACUAGGGUAGUAGUAGUUGGUGGGACAGAUGGAGGCAUGGACAUACUUUUUUUGAAUCAACACCAGUGUUCUCAGAGUUCCUCAACUGACUUCAAGAUCAAGGCGUUAGUACUAGUUUAUCUAAAUCGUAUACAACGUAUUUUUUUUUGGAUCAUGAGGCAGAGACGUGUG